CUGGGCCCCUGCGCCAUGGGACAAGCCUCAGGCCCCAGCCUGCUGCUGCUGCUCCUGACCAGCCUCCCCCUGGCCCUGGGGGACCCCAUGUUCUCCUUAAUCACCCCCAACGUCCUGCGCCUGGAGAACCAGGAAACCGUGGUGCUGGAGGCCCACGGCGCGGCGGCCGACGUCCCGGUCACUGUCACCAUCCACGACUUCCCCGCCAAGAAGCAAGUGCUGUUCAGCGAGAAGAUGGUGCUGACCAGCGCCACGGGCUACCUGGGCAACGUCACCUUCAAGCUCCCCGCCAGCCGGGAGCUGAGCUCCGGGCGCGGGCCGCGGUACGUGAUGGUGCUGGCGCUGUUCGGCGGCGAGGCGGUGGAGAAGGCGGUGCUGCUGAGCUCGCACAACGGCUACCUGUUCGUGCAGACCGACAAGACGGUGUACACGCCCGGCUCCUCAGUGCUCUACCGCGUCUACACCGUGGACCACAACCUGCUGCCCGCGGGCCGCACCGUCGUCGUCAGCGUCGAGAACCCUGACGGCGUCACCAUCAAGCGGGACACCCUGUCUUCUCACAACCAGCAUGGAAUCCUGGCCUUGUCUUGGACCAUUCCGGAGCUGGUCAACAUGGGGCAGUGGAAGAUCCAGGCCUACUAUGAGCACUCCCCGCACCAGGUCUUCUCCAGCCAGUUCGAGGUGAAAGAGUACGUGCUGCCCAGCUUCGAGGUCAUCCUGGAGCCUGCGGAGAAAUUCUACUACAUCGAUGACCCGCAGGGCCUGGAGGUCAGCAUCACGGCCAGGUUCCUGUACGGCAAGAACGUGGACGGCACCGCCUUCGUCAUCUUCGGCGUCCAGGAUGGUGACCAGAGGAUUUCGCUGGCUCAGUCUCUCACCCGCGUUGUGAUCGAGGAUGGCAGUGGUGAGGCGGUGCUGAGCCGACAGGUGCUGCUUGACGGGGUGCAGCCGUCCCAGCCCGAGGCCCUGGUGGGAAAGUCCCUGUACGUGUCGGCCACCGUCAUCCUGCACUCAGGAAGCGACAUGGUGGAGGCGGAGCACACCGGGAUCCCCAUCGUGACCUCCCCCUACCAGAUUCACUUCACCAAAACACCCAAGUACUUCAAGCCCGCCAUGCCCUUUGACCUCAUGGUGUUCGUGACCAACCCUGACGGCUCCCCGGCCCGCCGCGUGCCCGUGGUGACCCAGGGCUCGGACGCGCAGUCCCUGACCCAGGACGACGGCGUGGCCAAGCUGAGCGUCAACACGCCCAACAGCCGGCAGCCCCUGAGCAUCACGGUGCGCACGAAGAAGGAGGGCACCGAGGCUCGGCAGGCCUCCAGGACCAUGCAGGCCCAGGCCUACAGCACGCUGCACAACUCCAACAACUACCUGCACCUGUCCGUGCCGCGCACGGAGCUCAAGCCCGGGGAGUCACUGCACGUCAACUUCCACCUGCGCACGGACCGCGGCCUGGACGCCCAGAUCCACUACUACACCUACCUGAUCAUGAACAAGGGCAGGCUGCUGAGGGCAGGCCGCCAGCUGCGCGAGCCGGGCCAGGACCUGGUGGUGCUGCCCCUGACCAUCACCCCGGAUUUCCUGCCUUCCUUCCGCCUCGUGGCCUACUACACGCUGACCGGCGCCAGCGGCCAGAGGGAGGUGGUGGCCGACUCGGUGUGGGUGGAUGUCAAGGACUCGUGCGUGGGCACGCUGGUGGUGAAAGGCGGCGGUCGGGAUGGCCAGCAGGCCCUGCCCGGGCAGCAGAUGAUGCUCAAGCUGGAGGGUGACCGCGGGGCGCGAGUGGGGCUGGUGGCCGUGGACAAGGGCGUGUUCGUGCUGAACAAGAAGAACAGACUCACUCAGAGCAAGAUCUGGGACGUGGUGGAGAAGGCAGACAUCGGCUGCACCCCAGGCAGCGGCAAGGACUACGCGGGCGUCUUCAUGGACGCUGGCCUGGCUUUCAAGACCAGCAAGGGCCUGCAGACGGAGCAGAGGAAGGAGCUGGAGUGCCCCAAGCCGGCCGCCCGCCGCCGCCGCUCCGUGCAGCUCACGGAGAAGAGGAUGGACAAAGUGGGCCAGUACACCAGCAAGGAGCUGCGCAAGUGCUGUGAGGACGGCAUGCGUGACAACCCCAUGCAGUUCUCGUGCGAGCAGAGGGCGCGCUACGUCAUCCUGGGCCCGGCGUGCGUGCAGGCCUUCCUGGACUGCUGCACCUACCUGGCCCGGCUGCGCGAGCAGCACCAGCGCGACCGGCCCCUGGGCCUGGCCAGGAGUGACCUGGAUGAGGACAUAAUCCCGGAGGAAGACAUCGUCUCCCGAAGCCACUUCCCGGAGAGCUGGCUGUGGACCAUCGACGAGUUCAAAGAACCCGCGAAAAAUGGAAUCUCCACUAAGAUCAUGAACGUGUUUUUGAAAGACUCCAUCACCACCUGGGAGAUCCUGGCCGUGAGCUUGUCCGACAAGAAAGGGAUCUGCGUGGCCGACCCCUACGAGGUCACGGUGAUGCAGGACUUCUUCAUCGACCUGCGGCUGCCCUACUCCGUGGUGCGCAACGAGCAGGUGGAAGUCCGCGCCGUCCUCUACAACUACCGGGAGUCCGACUCCCUCAAGGUGCGAGUGGAACUGCUCUACAACCCAACCUUCUGCAGCCUGGCCACCGCCAAGAAGAACCACCAGCAGACUGUGACCAUCCCGCCCAAGUCCUCGCUGCCCAUCCCCUACGUCCUCGUGCCUCUCAAGAUCGGCCUGCAGGAGGUGGAAGUCAAGGCUGCCGUCUACAACCGCUUCAUCAGCGACGGUGUCAAGAAGACCCUGAAGGUCGUGCCUGAAGGAAUGCCAAUCAACAAAACUGUGGCCGUUCGAACCCUGGACCCAGAGAACCUUGGCCAAGGGGGCGUCCAGAAAGAGGAAAUCCCUCCGGCGGAUGUCAGCGACCAAGUCCCAGGGACCGAGUCCGAGACCAAAAUCCUCCUGCAAGGGACCCCCGUGGCCCAGAUGACGGAGGACGCCAUCGACGGCGAGCGGCUGAAGCACCUCAUCGUGACGCCGUCCGGCUGCGGGGAGCAGAACAUGAUCGCCAUGACGCCCACGGUCAUCGCCGUGCACUACCUGGACCACACCGAGCAGUGGGACAAGUUCUCCCUGGAGAAGCGGCAGGAGGCGCUGGAGCUCAUCAAGAAAGGCUAUACCCAGCAGCUGGCCUUCAAGCAACCCAACUCGGCCUAUGCAGCCUUCCUGAACAGGGCACCCAGCACCUGGCUGACCGCCUAUGUGGUCAAGGUCUUCUCUCUGGCCGUCAACCUCAUCGCCAUCGACUCCCAGGUCCUGUGUGGGGCCGUGAAGUGGCUGAUCAUGGAGAAGCAGAAGCCGGAUGGGGUCUUCCAGGAGGACGCACCCGUGAUACACCAAGAAAUGAUUGGUGGCCAGCGGAACUCUGCCGAGAAGGAAGCAUCCCUCACCGCCUUCGUUCUCAUCGCCCUGCAGGAGGCUAGAGAGAUUUGCGAGGAGCAAGUCAACAGCCUGGCAGCCAGCAUCAACAAAUCAAGGGACUUCCUUGCAGCCAAUUACAUGAACCUGCAGAGACCAUACAGUGUGGCCAUCGCUGGCUAUGCCCUGGCCCAGCAGGGCAAGCUGCAGGGAGCAUUCCUCAACAAAUUCCUGAGCACAGCCAAAGAGAAGAACCGCUGGGAGGAGCCGGGUCAGAGGCUCUACAACGUGGAGGCCACGUCCUACGCCCUCCUGGCCCUGCUGCUGCUCAGAGACUUUGAUUCGGUGCCUCCAGUUGUGCGCUGGCUGAACGAGCAGAGAUACUACGGCGGUGGCUACGGCUCGACCCAGGCCACCUUCAUGGUGUUCCAGGCUCUGGCCCAAUACCAAACCGAUGUGCCUGACCACAAGGACUUGAACAUGGUGGUGUCCAUCCAGCUGCCCAGCCGCAGCUCCCCAGUCAAGCACCGCAUCAUCUGGGAAUCCGCCAGCCUCCUGCGGUCAGAAGAGACCAAGGAAAACCAGGGUUUCACGCUAACAGCUCAAGGGAAAGGCCAAGGCACCUUGUCGGUGGUGACAACCUACUACGCCAAGGUCAAAGGCAAAGUCACCUGCAAGAAGUUUGACCUCAGGGUCAACAUAAGACCAGCCCCUGAGACAGUGAAGAAGCCGCAGGAUGCUAAGAGCACAAUGAUCCUGGACAUCUGCACCAGGUACCUGGGAGACGAGGAUGCCACCAUGUCUAUCCUGGACAUAUCCAUGAUGACCGGCUUCGUCCCUGACACAGAUGACCUCAACCUGCUGAGCACUGGUGUGGACAGAUACAUCUCCAAGUAUGAACUGAACAAGGCCUUCUCCAACAAGAACACUCUCAUCAUCUACCUGGACAAGAUCUCACACUCCCAGGAAGAAUGUCUGUCCUUCAAAGUCCACCAGUACUUUAACGUGGGGCUUAUCCAGCCGGGAGCUGUCAAGGUCUACUCCUACUACAACCUGGAGGAAACCUGCACCCAGUUCUACCACCCGGAGAAAGAGGACGGGAUGCUGAGCAAGCUGUGUCACAAGGAGAUGUGCCGCUGUGCCGAGGAAAACUGCUUCAUGCAGCAGCCGGAUGAGGCGAUCACCCUGAAUGACCGGCUGGACAAGGCUUGCGAGCCAGGCGUGGACUAUGUGUACAAGACCAAGCUGGUCCGGGUGGAGCCGGCAGAUGACUUCGAUGAGUAUCUAAUGGUCAUUGAGAACACCAUCAAGUCAGGCUCCGACGAGGUGCAGGCCGGGCAGCAGCGCAGGUUCAUCAGCCACAUCAAGUGCAGAGACGCGCUGAAGCUAAAGGAAGGGAAGCACUACCUCGUGUGGGGGCUCUCCUCCGACCUCUGGGGCGAGAAACCCAACACCAGCUACAUCAUCGGCAAGGACACCUGGGUGGAGUUUUGGCCCGAGAAGGAAGAAUGCCAAGAUGAGGAGAACCAGAAACACUGCGAGGACCUGGACGCCUUCGCCGAGGGCAUGGUCGUCUUUGGCUGCCCCAACUGACCCCGCCCCCCGCGGGUUCCCCCCAGUAAAGACAGACUUCACCUGUC